AUGCAGCCCCCUCGCCGCUGCCUCCUCCUCCUCCUUCUUCUCUACAUCCUUCUCCUCUCUGGGACAUGGGCAGACCUGGAGGGGACCUUCACUAUCCGACUGCUGCAGACCUCUACCUUCCAAAAUACCUCCUUUGUGGACACGGAGGGGCUGGGCCUGCUGGAAGACAUCGAACUUGGUUCUCUUGAUAAGCACACCUGGACCAUCCGCUUCUACCAGCCCUGGGUGCACCCAGCCCUGCCCCGCAGUGACUGGGACACCAUUGAGAAUAUGAUCAAGAUUUAUUUGCAGCAGUUCAACCACUUGAUCAAUGAAGGUGCUAUGCAGAAGGAUGUGCCCUACCCCUUUGUGGCCCAAUGCAUGGCGGGCUGCAAGCUCUAUCCCAACAGGACCUCCCAGGCCUUUGCCUAUGUGGGCUACAAUGGCCAGGACUUCCUCAGCUUUGAUGUGGGCAAUGCCACCUGGCUCCUCUCCCAAGACACCAAGCUGUCACGGUACGUCCAGGCCGUUCUCCAGAACUCUACUGCCUUCAGCGAGCUGGUGGAAGUCCUCUUCAAUGAUACCUGUGUCGAUGACAUGGAGGUGUUACUGCACUAUGGGAAGGCAGCUGUGGAGAGACAAGAGCCACCUGUGGCCACGGUCUUUGCCCGCACACCCAGCCCCGCCUAUGCCUGCCGCGUGCACCACCACAGCCUGGGCACCCGCAGCCUCCUCAUCCCAUGGGGGAACUCAGAGGUGGUGCUGAUCGCAGGGCUGGCAGCCGUGGCCAUGGCUGCCAUCAUGGCAUUUUUGGUGUGGAGACGCAG